AUGUCCGAGUGCCUGGACAUCCCCUCAUCUAUGACAGGAUCGACGAAUUCGGGGCCGCUGCAGCCCCAGAAGGAUUCCUCGCCGCUUCCUGCACGAUCCUCGCCGUUCAACCUUUACUCGACGCCUGAAAGCCCGACACGCCGAGGUCAUCGUCAGCGAUUGUUUCGAAAGAUGACAUUGACCUCGGCGAACGGUCAGCCUAUACAGCUCACUCCUCUCUGGGAACAUGUGGUACGUACACGAAGGUUUCCAACCGAGGUGGACACGCGUUUGACGUUCCUCGAGAUAUCGGAGAGACUGCGUGAUCCAGAAUGGGAAGUGCGUCAGCACGCGCUUCGUGUACUUAUAGACGUGUUACCAACUUUGAAUACUGACAUCGUGGAUAAAGUGAUGCAACCAGUGGUACCGGAACUGGUCAAUAAUUUGGGCCACCCUGCGCCAGCCGUUCGCAAGGGAGCCCUAGACGCUAUUCGAGUUUUUCUCAUUCACAGUCAUGACAAGGAGAAUACGAUAAAAAAUAUUCUUCAGGAUGGACUGAACCGUUCGGAGAUACGAGACUCCUUCCAGACGAACGUGACUACCGGCGUUAUUCUCAGCGUGCCGUCUCUACUCUUCCCUUCGUCGAGCAGUCCUUCGCCAAAUCCUCAAUUGAUCAAAGAAGCAACGAUAGCUUUAGCCUCGCGACUAGCUCAAGUACCUCAUCAAGAAGCUGUUUUAAAAUCAUUAAUGAAAAUUCGCGAUUCUGUAGGUGUGGAAGAUUUCCAAGGUUACCUGGAGGAUUACGAUAACAAGCUAAAUAGGAACAUAGAAAUCCUGUCUAAGAUCUACAACGUCAGAUCCAAUCGAAAAAGUCCUAAGAAACUGGUUGCUGAUGUGAAAAACGUGGAAAAAACGGAGAACAAGAAUUUAGAUAAGAAGAGUGACUGGGAGAGCGACAGCGAUACUUCUGGUAUUGUCGAGGAGGAGGACGAGGUGAAUACUGCUACUAUGCCAGCAGCCAGAGUGGUGUUAGAGACAGAAAUCAAAUUUAACGAGGAGACAGCUAUUACUAUGACCAUUCUGGAGGAGAAGGAGGACAGUGAACAGGAACAAGAGGAUGAGGAAAGUGGAGCUGAGGUGAAAAAUGAGGCUGAAGGGAAAGAUAUAUCCCUUGAUAGGAGAAAGACACCAAGAAGGGUUCACUUUGGAGGUGAAAUAGUCAAACUGAGAACUCCAGACAGUGAUGACACAGAGUCUGUAGAGGCUGUACCAAAAACUAGGAUUCCAGUUCCUGUUUCACCUGCUACCAAGAUGCCCAACACUCGUCCAAGACCUUCUUCUCAGCCUUGCAGUCCUCAUAGAGAACCUGGCAAACUUAAGAGAGGGUCUAGAUCUGUUUCAAAUAGCCCUAAGAGGGAAGUGUACAUGCACCAUGCUGAUCUGAGUCCUAAGAAGAGUAUAUUGACCAGGACUAGCAGCCCAUUGUUGAGUAAUAAAGCUGUUGAACACUCCAAAAAGAAGAAGAAUGUUAAUAGAAUAGAAGAUAAAGAUAACAGACAGAGCAUUAUGACCAUUGGAGAUAAUAAGAGUGUGAAGAUUAUUGAAAUUGCUGGAAAAGUGGAGGAGUCUAGAAAAGAGGAGGUUAAAUUGGACCAGGCUGCACAGGAUCUUGAUUCUUUAAAUUCAAAUUUAAACGUUAAUGGUUCAGAGGAUUUAGAAGAUAAAGGUCUAAAGAAAAUGGUUGAACAGGGUGAGAGUAAAAAUUCACAAAAAAUUGAUAAGCAUAGUGAAAGUAAGAAAGUAGCUUCUUUGGAGGAUACAGCUUCUAAAAGUGAUGGAAGGAUAGAAUUUGAGGACAAGGAAAGGAAAAAUGAUUCAGAAAAUAGAACUUCAGGAAAUGUUCAAAGUGGAUCUGUAGAAAAUGUUCAACAAUCAGAUUCUUUUGGUGAUUCUAUGGUGAAGGGCAAUAAACUGGGACAGAGUGGUGUUAAAGCAAAUCAGGAUGGAGUUAAGGUGGUCGAAAACGAAACUGUGCAGAAGGAUUCUGGGAAGUUGAAAAGUGGUGUAACGAGCGGUUCGAGGAACGACAACGGUGAUCGUGAGUCAUUUAGAAAUGACUGUGAACGAACGUCAAGGAGUGAUCGCGAUAAGGGCAGUGCUAGUGUGAUCGAGAAAAAUGGAAAUGCCGCUUAUGCCAGUGGUGAGAUGGAAUCUAUAUUGCAUGAGCCAAGUUGGGAAGAGCUGGGGUUGGUCGAUCAAGAGGUGUUGGAGGAUUUACAUAACAAAGAUGAUUGGCGAGCCCGCGUGAGGGGUUUGGAGAGGGUGGCGUCCGCUCUGCGAACGUCUUCUGCACUGAUCGCGAUAGAACCCCGAUUAGGAUCUCUGUUGCAUGCAGUGCUAGGCUGUGAAAGGAGCUGUCGUGUAGCUGCUGCGGGUCUGGCCGUGGUGAAGGUGGUCGUAGCUGGAGUAAGCGAGGAAGCUUUGAGAGCACGUUUGCCGCAGUUGGCAUGGGGUUUGGCGAGACAGGGUGGACCCAGCGCCGCACAAUUGGCCAGGGUCGCGAUGCUCAGGCUCAGACCUGCUCUUCUCCUAGAGCAGCUUCUGCAGCCGCAGUGUUUGAACGCGAGAAACGCAAAGACCAGAGAGAACACGUUACAAUUGUUGAUUUUCUCGCUGGUCACGUUUCCGAGCACCGAGUUCAAAGUAGAUACGGUCGCUAAUAAGGUGGCCAAGAUGGUGAGGGAUCGACGACGCAGAGUAAGACAGGCUGCACUCGACACUUUGGCUGUAUUAGCUCAAAUCUACGAACCUGAGGAAGUAUUAGUGGCGGGAAAACGAGCGUCGGAAGGUCAUCAUGACGGAGAGGCAAUGAUGUCUGCCAUUAGAGCACGCCUGGCACGAAAAUCGCUGCCAUUGGUCUCUGCUGAUGGUCUUGUGAUGUACGGUCUACAAAUUUCACCCACCGUGCAAAUAGCCACAGGUCCUGACGUCGAUUGGAUCGUGGCAGGAAGUGGUUCAGUGUCACCCGGUAUUGGACGCACCAAAGGACAGAUUAUAACGACGAGAUCGGAAAAAGAAAGACUGGCAAGAAAUGAAAAUGCAAAGUAUCGUGAAAAUCCAUGGAGCGAAAGGCCCAAUUUUGUCGCACUUGGAGUUGGCAUGCGUUCAAAGACGGAACAACCUGUAGUAUGGCAAAUAGUUCCAACACAAAACCAGGAUAUGCAAUGUGACGAUGAAGUGAAUGUUCAAACCACACGAAACGUGAAUACAGGUGUUCAUAAUGUUGAAAGCAUCAAUUCGGACUUGAAAUCGAGAGGUCAAACGAAAAUUCCGCCAUCUAGCAAAGAAUCGACGAAUUAUCAUGGUGCAAUUGAAAAUAAUUUUGAAAGAAGGGAAAAUAACAAUAAAACAGAAUCCAGAAUUCCCGUGCUCUAUAACCGGGACAACGGCACAAAAUCCACUGGACUGAAUCUGCAAAUGGAUAAAUCUAGUAAUUCAGAAUUAAUAAAUAUUAAUUUGAAAAGGAGGUUGAGAGACACUCAAGAUAACUCCAGUGACCAUGGCAGUUCUCAAGAAGAAAACAUUAGGAGCUGUGGGACUGUGUACCAUCAGAAACGGAGAAAUCAUCAAGAAAACAGUACCAGCAUGCAUUAUGAUAAUUAUCGCUCAAUGAAGAAUUCGAAUCACACAAAUAUAGAUAAUAAUAAUGUCGAAGAGAAUAUGAAUCAGAAAUAUCUGGACGGUAAUUCAAGAGUUUAUCAAAAGUUUAUGGAACGGGACAGAUUUUCGAGGAAGCCUGAGAAGUCUAGGUAUAGUCGUUCGAGUUCGAUUGAGGGUCAUCAAUCAACGGUGUCCAAGAAUGUUCAUCAGCAGACUUUCGUUAUGCAUAAUAUUAAGCAAUUUGCAGACGAGAAUUCUUUUCGACAGUUGCAAACAGCCCCUACAGUAACAUACAAUAAAAUAGAGUACAAUCAAAGGACUGGCGAAAGUAAUGAGAAAAAUAUAUCUCGUACGAGGUCUCAUCGCAAAACGAAAGAUGUAGCUGCUCAAAAGAUUACCGACGUCGAGUUAAUAUCAUCGGAUGCUCAAACUGGCGAUUAUUUUCCCGCGAUAUGUACUGAAACUCCCUAUAGAAGAAGGUUACGUUCCCUGUCUCCGACACAGUUGUAUCAUCGUCAACAGUUCGUUAGAACAGCUUCUAACGAGGUUCACGCGUUGUCUAUGUACGAUAUAGACAAAGCGGUGAACGAAGAGGAAUAUAACGAGAAAAAUAAGCACCAUUUUCUACCGGAUGAUCAUUUCGGGGUGAAAACGUUAGAUGCAGAUGAAGCACAGUACGAAGCAGAGGAUCACGAAUUUUCGUCGUCAGACCUGUUAGAAAAUAAUUGCCAACCCGACGUUGAACAGGACGUGCAAGACACACAAGAUGACAGCGAUUCCGGAUCGUCUAGUCCCGAGGAACGGAACACCGAUACAGCAUUCGAUAUUAUCACUAAUCAAUCGAGUCCACCUGGUCGAGACACGGUCAAUUUUAUCAUUUCACUGGACCAGAAAGUUCAAAUAGGAACAGAAGCAACAAUUACGUCGAUCGAAGAUGAUGGAUCGAAGGACUGGAGCAGCGAGGAUGAACCGAAAUCGAGAAUUCAUAGUCGUGCGGUAUCAAGAGCAUCGGAACCCGUGGCAUUCGCCGACGAAAAUCAAAAUGAGAGUGAAUUUAGCACUUCUGACGAAACUGGAAGAACAGAGGAAGAAUCGAUCGUGCAAGAAAGCACCGUCAUGUCUGUUUUGACGCCAGAACGAACGUUGACGAACGAGAGUUUGCAAAUAUCGAGCGAUAUCCUACAUUCAGACUUCCAAGAUGCGGAGGCAUCACCAUCGAGGAGAUCCGCCAGUCCUAAAAAGUCGAGUCGAUCGCCAAGCAAGAAUUCUGUCGACUUCGAGGCAUCAAAGUCUCCCAGACGCAAUUCUCGAAGCAGUCCACGCAAAUUGAGUUUUGAUUUGGAGGACAAGGAAUCUGCAGAUUCUAGUGAGGAGAGAGCUGUUUCUUCCAUGAUGCAAUCUGAUGACAAUGACUCUAUUCAUUCAGAACAGAGAGAGACUCACAGAGAGUCCAAAACAGAAGAAUCACCAGCUAUUAUUAUUGCCUCCAGACCUCAUUCUUCCACUGAGGUUUCCAAUUUUGUUGAAAAUCAUGUAGAGACUACUAUCCAAGUAGCAGAAAACGAUAAUGCUGUUAGAUUUGUUAGUGAACCCAAUGAGAAGAACAAUUUGGAGGAUGAACAGAGUAGAGACAGCUCUAGUGAAACGAACACGGAACCAGGAAUUUUAAAAAUCGAGACUCAACCUGUUGUGGAAAAAAUCGUUACGACUAAAAGAAUGCCGUCCAGAGUUCCUUGCGUUGCAGGAAGAGCUAGGAGCAAGGGACAUUCUGAGAAACCAGAAAAAAUGAAACCGAUAGUACAACAAUGUUUUGCUCAACUCGACAGUAAAGAUUGGGAAAUUACCAUGAAGGGCCUAAAAACAUUGUCCCACAUAGUCAAGCACCAACCGGAAUACUUGGACAUGUGCGCCGCGGCAACGAUAAGCCGUCUUUUAGGUCGCCAAGUAAAAAGUCUCCGGUCACAGGUGGCACGGACCGCAUGUUUGGCCGCAAGCGAUAUUUUCAGCUCGCAGAUCCGUGGCAUAGAUCAGGACUUCGAUGACAUAGCCGGACCACUGCUCCACAGAACAGCUGAUACUAAUAGGUUCCUUCGAGCAGACAGUAAUGCAGCUUUAGAUAAAAUGGUGGAACAUCUACCGCCUCAUAAAACCAUUGCUGUUAUUGUACAGCGUGGUGCAAGUCAUCAGAAUGCUAUUGUUAGAGCUGCAACAGCUAGAUUGUUGGCCUCUGUAGUGGAUAGGAUAGGACCAGAACAUACUUUGAUAUUGCCCAGGGAUGUGAAGGAUAAGCUGCUUUCGACUGGCGCGAAGUUGUUGAUGGAUGGAAAUUUAGAUGCGAGAAAUCAUGCAAAGAGAAUGUUCAGACGUCUUACACACUGUGAAGGGUUUCGAAAGGCCCUGACAGAUGCUGUGCCAGAGACAACAUUGAGACACAUUGACAAGACAUUGAAGACCCUUUAA